AACGAAUCGAGACGGCGAACCAGUGUGGUCACGUAGGCCCACCGUACCGCAUGGUGGAUAGAUGUUUCCUUUAACUCAACGUUGUAUAAAAUGCUAUAAUUGUGUAUUGUUGUUAUUUUGCAAGGGGCACAACGAUCCAGUGGAGCAGCCAUCUCCAGCCUUGCACACGAAUAUUGGCACAUGCCGGUCAUUAUUCGAACGUUGUUGGAAUACAGUUAAAUCGUAAUCUACGCAUCUCUGAAGAAAGUGGAGCUUUUGAUAUUUGCUCCUUGACAUCUAAAACACUGUAAAAAAAAUGAAGUGGUCACCGGGUGCUCUGUUCUGUGAACAAGUAGGUGAACUCACUCGAGUGUUCUCACAGUGGAACGAAUGCGAACAAACCGUGGUUCUAUAUGCUCUACUUCGUCGCAUUCCUGCAGUUCAAGCUAGGUUUCUUGCACAAGCAGUGCAGCAUUCCUUGCACUCUGUUUCUGAAUUGGAUACACAGGAAUUAAAUGCCAAUAAUCCAGCAUUCAUUAACUCAUUGCUCUCAGAGUCGACAGAAGUCGCUAUUAACCAACUGUUAACACACCUACCACUAUUAAGGCCUGGGAAUGUAGAGUGCAAACAAUGCUACUUAGUAGCGAUACCAGAAUUAGUGAGCCAUUGCGUAACUACAGGGCAAUAUACAGAGCAGACUCAACAACUCUUAAGUUAUACUUUGAUCCAUCCAGCUAUAACUAGUCAAGAUAGACGUUCUUUGACUCAGUGGCUUAGACAUCUCGAAGAACGUAUUAGCGGUACACCACCGAUACAUAGCCUCGAGGAAUAUACCAAUACUACUAUUAGGUGGGACAAUACGUGGCAGCGAAAUUCUAAACAGCAACAAAAUGAUCAGACAACUUUGUUUGGUACACAACCAGGUACUGCCUUCAAUAUGCAGUUUCCCCCGCCUGUAUCUCGUCAACGUCGAUCGAAUAGUUUAACACCACCAGUCGCUCCUCCUCAUCAUUUAGAAGUUGUCGAUCGCAGUAAUAACGUAAACUGCACAACUAGACACAAGCCACGAAGUUUCAGUGUCUCUGGAGACCACACAAGCAAUCUUAUCGGAUUAGGGCCACUGAGUCCUCAAAGCUCUUGCGCGAGCAGCGGUAGCGAAGGGCGCUUAGACGAAGCUUCUAACUUAUCGCUGGCUAGUGGUAUGAGAGAUGUUCCAUCAUGGCUUAAAACCUUACGUCUUCAUAAGUACAGCUAUCUAUUUGUUACUCUCAGUUACGAGGAAAUGCUUCAAUUGACAGAAGAUCAAUUAGCAGAGCAAGGAGUGACAAAAGGAGCUAGACACAAAUUAGCCCUUUCAAUCGCGAAAUUGCAGCAGCGUUACUCGACGCUCUUAAAUUUAGAAAAAGAUUUACUCCAACCGACGCGCGAUAGUACACAGUCGACAUCAUUCUUACAAGGGCCAACAGUGCUGGUCAAUACUAUCGACGAAUUAAAAUCAAUUCUAGCUACACCUAUGAAACCAAGUCAAGAAAACGAUCCGCAAGAUAUACCAGCGCAAUUCAGCAAGGUCCUUGGCAAACUGUGUAGCAGAAUGGCAUUGGAUAGCGUGGAUGAUGGCAUUUUGUGCGCUUGUAUUAACAUAUUAGAGAAAGUAUUGCAGCAUGAUUGCUUUACUCCAAACCAGAAGGAAAAGGUUCAACAGUGGCGUAGCAGGCUCGGAAAUCCACGACCUACUCCGAAGUGGCAACAUAAUUACGGAUACAACAACAGAAGAUACUGUAACCCGCAGCAGCACAAUAGAAAACCAAGUCUGAAUUUGGGACACAUUCAUAAUACGCAUCCGCAAAAUAAUUCUUUUGUGGUCAGCCCUCACAGAAAUAGUAUAUCUACUCCGUAUUUACAAAAUAAUCAGAACCAAAGUGUAAAUCAGAAUACUUUACGUCCAGUCCACGCAGCCGAGAAACGACCUAGUUUACAAGAAUCUAGUUUACAGUUACAAAGAACGUUACAGCGUACAUACAGUGCACCGAGGGAUCAUUUCCUUGGCCACUCUGGGAACAACACAUCCGAAACAACGGAACCGGAGAUCAAUUCUCGUCUAGAAUCUCUUUGCUUAAGAAUGACCGAACAGGCGAUCGGUGGUUUCGGCGAGGCCUAACGAAUUCUUCGUUUCGUUGACUGGAUCUACACAGUAAGUCCUGUUUGAAAAAAAGGAAAUUUUUUCUAAAGUGAUACGCGUGUCCUAGCUGCGUUUCUUUUUUUUUUUUUCCUUCAAAGCCGAAAAAGCAAGACUGACUUUUGUAGAUCUUGCGACAAAGAGACCGACAGCGACGAUAUAUAGCGCUGAGACAGGUGCGCGUGUCCCACAUGCACACAUUCACGCUUUAAUAGCCCCUACCAAAUGAAAGAAAAUGUCCGACAUUUGAGACAUUACCAAGGUAACUCGAGUUCGCGGCGUUCACGAAACGACACGCGAGAACAAGAAAAAAAAAAUGAAAAGGAAAAAAAAAUAAUAUUUUUUAUUAUACCCGAUGCAAUUAUACUAUUUAAUGAAACUGACAGAAUUUGGCAAGCCAAAUGCUAUUAGGAAGAUAGAUUCUUUCCUUGACUAUUUGCUGCAUCUAUAUAAAUGUAUUAUAUAAAGAAUAUAUAUGUAUACACAUAUGAUAGAAUUUUAUGGGAAGCGGAUUAAAUCGUAUAACAUAUAUAUGUGAAAGGAAAAAAAAACAAUGGGGGACGAAAAAGGUACACCACAAUUAUUGUGCGAUGUUUGCAAUAUUAUUUUUCGUGUUAUCCAUUUCGGGAAAUGGAAUUCGUCUGAUUUUAAGCGCCAGGACACAUUAUAUAUUAAUGUAAUGUAAUUCAUUUUAAUGACUGACUGAUUUUUACUUCUUUUUUUUUUUUUAUCAUUAUUAUCAUUAUGUUUAUUCUCCUCUUAUUCAUCGCCGCCGCUGUUGCUAUUUACCAUUACUAUUUUCAAUUAUCAUUAUUAUUUUCAUCGACAGCUUUGGCCACUAUUUACCAUCAGCGUCGUCAUUACUAUACGCCCAUUACUAUUAUUACAAUCAUUAUAAUUAUCGCUAUUAUUAUCACUAUACAAAUCUCCAACGCCCGCUGUUGCUAACCAUUUCUACAAUCAUACGACUAACGCUCAUUAUUCCGUAUCCUUUUUACGCUGUUAUUAACUUUCAUCAUCUGUCGUUACCGCUGCUUCUACUAUUACCAAUCCUACCACACUAUACUAUCCCCUACUACUCUACUACCGGUAGUGUCGCUACUAUUACUACUACAAGUACUGCUAUUACUACUAUUAUACUAUCUCCACUAUCACUGUAUUAUUACUGUAAUUCUCUCUCUAUGGAGGAAUCAUACUUAACAAGAAAAAAAGUUCGACAGUUCGUUACAUGCUUUUUAAAAAAAAAAAAAAGAAAAGAGGGACGGGCGGGAUGGGGUAAACAAGAAAAAGAGAACGAACAACGUACACGUUUUUAAAAAUUCAUCUCUGCUAUACCGAGAAGAGAUAAACCUAAACCAGCGUGUAUGCUUUGUAGUUUGCGCACAGAUCUCGUGAUUUUUUACACUCAUAUGCGAGAGUUACCAUGUGUCUGAAAAGAACGAUAUAAAGGGGAAGGAAUCAAGGAUUAAAAAAGAAAAAAAAUUAUGAAAAGGCGAAAAUGAUUAUAUACAAUAAACGGAUUUUAAAGGCCUUAAGGACGUAUUAAGCGAACGUAAAGGGUAUAAGACUAAAUAUUAUACGUAGACGACGUUGUGAAACGAUGGAGACACGUAUAUGUACAUACGUAAUAUAUAUAUAUGUAUAGAUAUAUUAUAUUACGUAUAUACAUAUAUUAACUGGAUCGUAUUUUGCACGACGCGACAUCGAAAUCUGUGGCUUUAAAUUAUAAGCAUACAUCAUUAAACUGCUCUUAUUAUGCACUUUUAGCACUCAAAUGUAACGGUCGCGAGUAAAAACGUAGCAUAAUAUUUUCAUGCAAGACAAGAUGGGGAAAAAAAAAAAGAUCGAUCAAGAUGAGAGAAGGUUAAAUUUAACGAUAAUAAUAAUAAUUAAUGAAAUAACGAUUUAAGAUAGUAUUAGCGACUAAUUGUACCGAUAAACGCGAUAAGAAGAAAAAAAAAAAAUAUAAACGAAAGACUGAAUAAUUCACGCGCCGUGUGCCGGUGAAUUUCGGACGUUUUCGCAUUCGUUUAAUUCGUAGAUAGCUGCACGGCUGCGUGAAUAGAAACAAUUGGAAGACUGCGGAAGGAAAAACCUGUCAAAAUAUUAAGAAUUAGAACUUAUACAGAAUGCGAGAGAGAGAGAAAGGGAACGAGUGAAAUGUGAAACGUGUUAUAACGACAGUAACGUUAGUUGUAAUAUUCUAGGUUUUAAUGAUUAUUUUAACGAUUAUACUCUUCGGUAGGAUGAUGGAUCUAAGUAAUGGCGCGCGGUGAUUUCUCUCGAUUUAAUUAAUUAAUUAGCCUGCUCGAGCGAGAAGGAUUGUCUAUGGAGAACUUGGAACGAUCGAUAAACAAUAUGUUGCAGCGACGGAUUUGUUCCCCAAAACUUUCAUAACCCGCGUACACGUAAACAUAUACACAACUCACACAUACGAAACAUUUUUCUGCUAACAAUUUGAGUCGUUCGUUAUGAAAGUGACCUCCAAAAAUAUAGACAAGCACUGAUCGAUAAUCAAAUUUAUCAAUUGUUUAAUUAGGCGCGAUGAACGUUAUUUCUUUUAAUGUAAAUUAAGUUUAUUUUUUUUCUUUAUAAUAAGAUUUCGCGAUGAAAUAUAGUACGAAUGUAGUGCUGAAAAAUUGCAUCGGUCGUAGUUUGUAAGUAGCGGAUCAAUUUUGAAGAAUAACUCUCGAGAGGAGUACACAGUUGCCAUUGUAGUAACGAUAGUUUAAGUAAGAAACAAAUGAUACAGCGGCUCCAAAGAGGCUGCACUAAUGGUUUUUAAACACUUUUUUAAGCUUAUCGUUCAGUUUAGAAGAUAUUACAUCAUUUUCAUAAUGAACGAUUCGGUCGUUUUCUAUAUCGACAAAUUGAUUAUUCGCGCAGUAACGAUUUGUCCCCCUCUUCUUACUCCUCACACAAAACUGAUUUCGACAAUGUUCACACACACGCACAUAACAGUUUGUUUCCUCACAUUGUGAAACUGCUUUCACACGGUGCGCGCGCGCGUACACAUCACAUUACACGGAUACACGCAGUACACAAGACAUAAUCAGAGCUGGACAAAAUUUUAUUCGAAUAAUAAACGACGAGUAAGACCAACGAUGUAGCAAUUUAUUUGUGACGUUUAAUACAACUGACCAGUAAAAGCUUUAUUUAUUCAUCGUGAAAUAUUUUUAUUCUAUCAUUGAAAUUCCGUAUUUUUAUUUGACAAAUAACAGAUUAAAAGUUGUUGGUCUAUUAUUCGUUAUUCGAGAUUUUCAUCCGAAUAAGAAUUUUGCCCAUCUUUGCGCACAAUAGCACACGCAGAUCACGUUGUCCGACUAGAAUUCCAGAGUUUUGUGCACGUAUGAUUAUUUCAGGAGAGACGGUCAAAAGCUAGUCAAACGAUACAAUUCUAAUUUUUACCAGCUAACGUGUGUAUAGAUAAUUAUUUGUACAUUAAUACCCGCGCAAUUAACGCAGACAAAAGUUGUGAAACAAGAUAAGCGAUGGCGCACGCGCGCGAUCGAAAAGGUAACAAGAAAGGAAUAAAAGAUAUACCGAAAAAACGAAUUAAAAAAAAGAGAGAGAGAGAGAAAAAAGGAAAAAGAGAGAGGAUAGAAGUUGCAAGCGAAACUGAAAACCGAAAAAAAAAAGAAGCGAGAGAAGAAAAUGCAUGUACAAUACGAGAAACAUGUUAGACAUCAGUAUAGUAACAGAUGCCGUGUGACUGCAACCUUGGGUGUGUUGGAGAUGUUCGAUUCUUGCAACAAAAAAAUCGAUUCUAGUGUUUUAAUAGUUCCACGUAGUUUCGAACGUUCGUCGAAGAAAACCUAGAAGCUUCAUCGAAAAGGAAAUAUGGCCACCAACGUGAAAUUACGAUCGAAAAUUGCAUUUCAUAUUUCCUAAGAAAAUUGAAAUAAUCAAAUCUCCCGCGCAUCCAGGUUGCGCGUCUGUUAUUCGGGAGCUGGCGUUACUAUGACAACGGGGUAUGUUUUUUCGCCUCGUACUGUAAUGGCGACUUUUACGUGACGCACGCGAAAAUGUUGAAAGACUGCUUCCAAACGACUUCAGGAAACUCGUUCAACGUAGAAUUAUUAUUUCGUACUGAAACGCAGUAUCUGAAUACGCGAUCGAUUUAAAGGGCAGGACCUGAACUAACUAAUGAAAUGCAAAGAGAUAUUAUCCGCAUCGAACGAACGUGUAUGAUGUAAGUAAUAAUUUUUGUAAUUGAGUGCGCGUGAUUCUGCCAAAGAUGGAUGGCCGUUAAAGGAUAAGAAAGUUUUCUAUGUAAAACCGACCUCGUUGUUUGCGUGGCAGUAAUUCCAAGUAACGUAAUCAUCGUCGCGUAAACGAAACGACGAAUGAGCAUUGCGCUUAGUACUUACGCCGUCGUUAUCGAGUCGUUGAUACUAAGGAUAAGUGAUAGGCAAAAUUCUAUUAGAGUGAUAAAAUAUUCUAUCGAACAAUCAAUUUUAUGAGCUUGCGAUGCAAGCAAUGCAAUCCACUCAAUUUGUUAAGCAAAAUUAGUUUAAGUACAGCUUUCUGUUCAAUCUCUUGCGUUGUGAAAUAUUUAAUUCCAUUGUUCAGAUUUUAAUUCUUAUUUAACGAGUAAUCGAUACAAGGGCCUUCAUCUUUUAGUUGUUAAUCGAAAAUUUUGAUCGGGAUGUGAGUUUUGCCUGUCCGUUAUUGAAAUCCAUGAGAAGCUUCGAAAUGUGUUCAGUCUAGAAACGACUGGCGCGAGGUCGGGUUAUGGCAUUUUUAGGCAGAAACACAGUGUGUGCGAUUCGAUGGCAUCGAAUGGAUAAGACGUUUCCGUUAGUAUAAACCAGGGAUGAGCGAAAUACAUUAUAAAAAGUAUUCAAAUGACAGAAACCUUACAGACUUUUAUUUCUAGUUUCAACCGUUAAUUAUUUUUGAAUCUCUUUGGUAAUACGCAGGUUUUUGUUAUUUUGGAUAAAAAUUAGUUACGGUUAAAACAUUUCAGUGGAUUAACUUUGACAAUACUUGUUCAGCUACUUUACGAUUAAUUUGUAUUCUAUUUGGAAUGGAAUGCUUAAAAGUAUUCGUGUGUUGUAUAGCUAUACAACUACAGAAUACACAGGUAUCUCGUAAAUCGAGCGAUCGGUAGAUGUUAAAUAUAAUUAGUAUUUUGCAUAGAAUAGCAAAUAUCGAUAUUUGAUCACCGCAGAAUAAUGUGACACCAUCAGAUUGUUUGUCUUUCGUUCUAAGUACUGAAUUUACGCGUUCAGUAUUUUAGAUGUACACGAAAUACAAAAUCAUUCGAACGUGUCCAUUCCUGGUUAUACAGACUUCGUACGCACGACAUUCUCGACUUGCUCUCUUAUCCAUUCGUUGCGUUUGCUUUAAUUCGCUUUAGAAGCGAGGUGUACCACGACGAAGUAAUUGUUAGCGCUAGCACAGGAUAUUCUCUUUGGCCGGAUGCUUGCGUUCAGGUGAUCGACUCUUAGGAACGUAUAUACAUAUAUAUAUCCGGGAGUAUAAAACGUAGCGACAUUGUUUUCGAAGAAAAAGAUUUCACAGCGUAGAGAGCAAGUUUCCGGCCGAAAGCGUCGUUGAUGAUAGCCCAGGUAGCAAAACGGUGAUUGUCGACUGAUUUGCUUCGGUAAGCUAGAUUGCGGAAAAGCGUUUAGACACUUGUUAGCGAUGCAGAAGCGGUUCGAUUGAUUCGGUGUAAUAAUCGCGCGUGGAAUCGAAGAUGGGUAAAAUUUUUAUCGAAUAAUAGACUGUAUAAUAAACAUUAUUAAUUUAGCAGGUUUACUCGUGACGUUUAUUCAAUUGGACAACUAUACGGGAUAAGUUUGAAUUCUUUGAAACACAACUUCGUUCUACAAUUUGAAUCCUAAUUUUUAUUUAACGGACAACGAACGAAUAAGUUGAAAAUGGAACGAACGAAAAGAAGAAUUUUACCCAUGGCGGAGAGGGGCUUCUGCACUUUUUAGGCGUGCUUUGGCUGGCGAACGUGAAUGCUCGUGAUGACGACAGUGUACGGUAAAAUUAAACGAGUCUCUGUAUAGGUUUUGUAUCGUUUAUAUUCGAUUACGGGUGUUUGCACGUUACGGUUCGCAACGGUCGCGUAUGUAUUGACGAUAUUAUGGGGACGAAUUCGCGAUACCUUUCGUGUUGAAUUAGAUCAGUCGAACAACGUUGGCCAGCCAAAUUCAAGGAACGAACCGUAAGUCAAACGCCGUUUUAUUGAAGCGUAGUAGAAAGAGCGAAUUUUCGCGCGACGUUCGCGGAGGGUGCGCGUUAUUGUCUGGAUUUUACAUCCAUCGAUUAUGUAUCGCGGAGCAGCAAGGUUUAUCGGGACUAGUAUGUUGCGUUGUCGCCAAAGAAUGCCUCUGCUACGGCGCCUUCUGUUAAUUAUUAAGAGACGUAGCUUUUGAAUUGUCAGAUUGCUAACUGGGAUAUUUUAGUCACGUAAGCUGGAUAACUUGUAAAAAUGCAAUUUUUGUACUGUUAUAACGUUAAAUAGACGAAGGUACACUGA